AUGGAAGAGUCACAGGAAAGAAAUGGUCAACAAUCAGCGACACAACAGGUUGGUGAGAUCAUCAAGCCAGUAGUAUGUAACGGUACUGUUGAGGAAUUAUUGGAUACAGUUUACGGGUUGAAAGCUGUUUCUGUAACACCGUUAAAUAGCUAUGAUGAUUGUAAUUAUGGAAUAAAGGUUGAACCAGAAUGGACCAAUCCACACAUCAAAGAAGUAGCACCACACGGCUAUUUGAUGAAAAUCAUCAAUUCUAUGGAUUCCAAACGUCCUGAAAUGCAUCACGCACAGCAUACCCUUAUGGAUCAUUUAAGAUCUAAAGGUGUCCCUACACAACAACCAGUCCCUACUAAAAAAGGAGAACUUAUAAGUGUUCGAAAGAUUUACGCUGACAAAAACAAAACAGAUUAUGCAGAGCAUAUUGUUAGAUUGAUGACAUUUUUACCAGGUCAAGUUUUGUUAAAUUAUCCCAUUACGACAAAUUUAUUAUACCAAUCGGGAAUGUUUAUUGCUAAAAUAUCAAAUGCGAUGGAGGGAUUUCAUCACGAAGUAUUUGCUCAUUUUGAAACUAAAUGGAACCUUGGUCAUAUACUGAUAUUAAAAGACUAUGUUUUUGUAUUGAAACAAGAUGAACGUGAUCUAGUCAAUAAAGUUAUUCAAGCUUUUGAGAAGGAAUUUGUGCCUUUAAUACCAAAUCUGCCUAAAGGGUAUAUACAUGGUGAUCUAAAUGAACUUAAUUUAUUGGUCAUGCCCGUGGAAGACACUAAGAACCUGCAGGAGAGACAGUAUAAUUUUACUGGUUUAAUUGAUUUCCAAGAUACAACUUACUCAUGUACAAUAUAUGACUUAGCUAUCAAUGUAGCUUAUCUAACUAUCUUCACAGAACUAAUUGAUCAACUUGAUGCUCCGGGACACAUUCUGGCAGGUUACUACUCAUUGAAACAAUUGACAGAAGAUGAAUUCAACAGUUUAAAGAUCCUUAUCGCUGGUCGAAUGUGCCAGUCACUGGUAUACGGUGCUCAUACUCAUCACUUAGAUCCUUCUGAUGACUAUGUGUUGCAUACAGCUAAAAAAGGCUGGAACAUAUUAAAUCGGUUGUGGUCCGAGCCCCAAGAAAAGCUGUUCGGGAGGUGGAAAAUGAUAAUGGAAAACUAUAAAUAA